AGAGAAAAAAAAAGUAUAAUUAUACUCACUGUCACUCAGAGAGAGAGAAUGGAGUAUUUCAGAAGCUCACUGCUUUGCUGAUUUUGAGAGAGAGAGAGAAGAGUGCUGCACAAGAACCCAUCUUUUCUUUAUUUUUUUUUAUUGCAUUUGAGUCUCUCAUCUAGAACUUCAUCUUCCUGUAGUUUCCACUGCAAGAUAUAGGAACCCAGAUUUAGGGUUUUUUGCGGUUCCCAACAAGGGUUUUGGGGGUAAUGUUGAGGAAGAGAACCAGGUCACUUGAGAAAGAUCAACAGAUGGGUCCUUUAACAAUGUCUGAUUCAAUGUCUGAUUCUGGUUCUGAGUCCCUCACCCAAUCUGAUUGUCUGGGAUAUAAUCACAAAACACACUCCUUUUUUGGUGUCCCCGGUCUGUUUGUUGGGUUAACUCCUAAAGGUUUGUCAGAUUGUGAUUCUGUUAGAAGCCCAACAUCUCCUCUUGAUUUUAGGAUGUUCUCAAAUCUAGGAAACCCCAAUUGGUCCCCAAGGUCAUCUCAUAAUGGGCACCAGAAGAGCUGGGAUUGCAGUAAAGUAGGUUUAAGCAUUGUAAAUUCUCUUGAUGAUGAUACGAGAGAAUCUGGCAAAGUUCUUCUAUCAUCAGACAGCAAGAAUAUUCUUUUUGGACAGCAAGUAAGAAUUAAAAAGCCAAACUUUCAAGGCAAUGCUAAUUCUUUUCAGGCACCAAAGUCUCUGCCAAGAAAUUUUUCAAUUUUUCCUCAUACCCAUACCAAAUCUCCUCUUCAGAAGGGUAGCCCUAAUGUUAUUUUUGAGAUUGGAGAAGCCCCAUUUGAACCUGAGAACUUUGGGAAAAUUCGGUCUUGUUCAUUGGAGUCCUGCAAGUCCUUCCCAACCCUAUCCCGUUUGGCUGAAAAGAACUGGAAUGUGAAUUCUGAGAAUUUCGGUUUGAAUACUCGAACUACCCCAGUGAAUACUCCUUUGCAGGUUUCUGGAGGAAGCCCAAAUUCAAACAACUCUUUGCAGACAGAUUUGAACUUUACUCAAAUGUCUGUAGGCUCUGCUAAUGGACAUAUUGUUUCUCUCUCUGCAAGUGAGAUUGAGCUUUCUGAGGACUAUACAUGUGUAAUUUCUCAUGGUCCCAACCCCAAGAAAACUCAUAUCUUUGGUGAUUGCAUCUUGGAAUCUUACUCUAAUGAAGGAAAGGAGACUGGAACCUCUCAGGCUAUUGCUAACUCUGUAAUUUCAAGCGUAUUUCCUUCAAAUGAUUUUUUGAACUUCUGUUAUCAUUGCAACAAGAAAUUGGAAGGAGGAAAGGAUAUUUACAUGUACAGAGGUGAGAAAGCCUUUUGCAGUUUAGGUUGUCGCUCAGAGGAGAUUAUGUUUGAUGAGGAGAUGGAGAAAGCAAUCGACAAAUCAUUUGAUGACUCACAUGAGUCUGACAAUGGUGAGGAACUCUUUGAAAGUGGCAUUUUUAGCGCUGCAUAGUUUCACUUGCAUGGCUUACCAAUAGCCACCAUUCCCAUGAUUAAUGAGACUGUCCAUGAAGGUAGACACCCUUGAUCAUCUGUUUAUAAAGAGCUGUUUAUGUGCAUCUUUUAGCAGCCAUGGAUGAUCGUUUUGUACAUUGUUCCCUUUGUUCAUGUUUCAUCUUUCAUGGUCGUGGGCAAUGGGCCUUUAUUUUGUUUAGUUUUUUGCUUAUCAUAAUUCAGACUUGCAUUGCCUCAUAAUUGAAGUAGAACAAGUGGGAGCUGAUUUUUCUGGCCGCCCAUUUAAUUCUUUUUCUCCUCUAUCUCUUUUAUGGCAAGAGUUAUUGUAUAAGUCUGUAGACUCAACAAGUUUUUUUCCUUGAUAUAAAAUGCAAUUAAGUAUUAUAUGC